AUGACAUCUCCUCGCCCUCCACCCAACUUUUAUCGAGUUCAACACGAUCAGUCCUUCACGGAGUAUGACGAUGGAAGAUUUGAGUCCAAAGCCCACUAUGUGAUGAAUUAUCACCACUGGGUCAAUGCGAAGAAAUUCCACCAACAUCUUGACUGGAAGAGCAGGGUCGAAGCAGAAUACAGCCCCUUCAUCUCCGUCUUCGACAACAAAGCCGACGCUAAGGAACGCGCUCGAUUUCAUCUCGAGAGAGGUUGCAAGGGGGUCUUCAUCGCACAAAUCAGUUCACAGUCACUACGGCCGACAACCCUAGAGAUUGAGUCCAGUGAAAAGAUUGUGAAUCUUCCUGCUUGGGAAGACCCGGUUACAGGCUGCAUCUUUCUCUCGACACCAGAUGUGCGGCUGUACCUCGGUGUUGAUUCGCGACAAAGCAGUGUGUCGGAAUGGUUUGCGCUGGAUUGCAUUUCUGAGGAACUGAUCACGAGGACCACACAUUGUUAG